CAGAAUAAGAACGUAGUUGAAGGCUGCUAGCCUUUAAGAAGUCCCGGAAGACCUGGUUUCUCCCCGCCAGGCGCCUGGCCAGGAUGAUACCCCAAAUCAGUUAUGCUUCAACUGCACCAGAACUAAGUGAUGACCGGCGCUAUGAUUUCUUCUCACGGGUUGUUCCUCCAGAUUCCUUCCAAGCACAGGCAAUGGUGGACAUUGUGAGAGCCCUGGGGUGGAACUAUGUUUCCACCUUGGCUUCUGAAGGCAGCUAUGGUGAAAAAGGCAUGGAAUCUUUUAUACAAAUUUCCAGAGAGUCAGGUGAUCUCUGCAUUGCCCAGUCAUUGAAAAUCCCACAGGAUCGCAAAAACAAGACCUACGAAUUUGAUAAAAUUAUCAAGCUGCUUCUAGAUACUCCCAGAGCCAGGGCUAUCAUUGUCUUUGCCUACGAUGAGGAUAUAAAACAAAUCCUCGCAGCAGCAAAAAGGGCUGAUCAAGUUGGCCAUUUUCUGUGGGUGGCUUCAGACACUUGGGGUUCCAAAAUGACCCCCGUAAUUCAACAAGAAGAUGUUGCAGAAGGAGCGAUCACCAUCCUGCCUAAGCGGGCAACAAUUGAAGGGUUCGAUACCUAUUUUACUUCCCGCACACUGGAAAACAACAGAAGAAAUGUAUGGUUUGCGGAGUACUGGGAAGAAAACUUCAAUUGCAAGUUAACAAUUAGUGGGUCAAAAAAAGAAGACACUGAUCGCAAAUGCACUGGACAGGAAAGGAUCGGAAAGGAUUCCCACUAUGAACAGGAGGGUCGAGUUCAGUUUGUGAUCGAUGCUGUUUAUGCCAUGGCUCAUGCCCUCCAUCAGAUGAACAAGGAUCUAUGCAGUGAUUAUUCUGGGGUCUGCCCAGAGAUGGAACACGCAGGGGGCAAGAAGUUACUGAGAUAUAUCCGCAGUGUUAACUUCAAUGGUAGUGCUGGCACUCCAGUAAUGUUUAAUAAGAAUGGUGAUGCACCAGGACGUUAUGACAUCUUUCAAUAUCAAACCACAAAUACCUCCACCCCAGGCUACCAUCUGAUUGGCCAGUGGACAGAUGACCUACAGCUCAAUAUGGAUGAAAUGCAGUGGGGCAAAGGUGUGAAGAAAACCCCUUCUUCUGUCUGCAGUCUUCCCUGUAAACCAGGAGAACGAAAAAGGAUUUUGAAAGGGAUGAGCUGCUGUUGGCAAUGUGAACUGUGCGAUGGAUACCAGUACCAGUUUGACGAAGUGAGCUGUAAGCUGUGCUCCUACAAUCAACGGCCGAAUGAGAAUCGCACUGGAUGUAGUCCUAUCCCUAUUGUCAAGCUGGAGUGGCAUUCGCCAUGGGCAGUCAUCCCAGUCUUUCUGGCCAUGCUUGGAAUUAUUGCCACCAUAUUUGUUAUGGCAACCUUCAUUAGGUACAAUGAUACUCCUAUCGUGAGAGCUUCUGGAAGGGAACUUAGCUAUGUUUUGUUGACAGGAAUAUUUCUGUGUUAUAUCAUCACUUUUUUAAUGAUUGCCAAACCAGAUGUUGCUGUGUGUUCUUUCCGGCGUAUCUUCCUGGGAUUGGGAAUGUGCAUAAGUUAUGCUGCUCUGUUGACUAAAACAAACCGCAUCUAUCGCAUCUUUGAACAGGGCAAAAAAUCAGUGACAGCACCCAGGCUUAUUAGCCCAACAUCGCAAUUAGCAAUCACAUCAAGUUUGAUAUCGGUACAACUUCUUGGGGUUUUCAUUUGGUUUGCUGUUGAUCCACCAAACAGUAUUAUAGAUUAUGAUGAACAUAAGUCUAUGGAACCAGAUCAAGCCAGAGGCGUUCUCAAAUGUGACAUUACGGAUCUACAAAUAAUAUGCUCGUUGGGGUAUAGCAUUCUCCUCAUGGUUACAUGUACUGUUUAUGCCAUCAAGACUCGGGGUGUCCCAGAGAAUUUUAAUGAAGCCAAACCCAUUGGAUUCACUAUGUACACUACAUGUAUAGUAUGGCUUGCCUUCAUUCCAAUAUUUUUUUGCACUUCCCAAGCAGCUGAAAAGGUCUAUGUACAAACCACCACCCUUACAAUAUCUAUGAACUUAAGUGCUUCAGUGGCCCUGGGGAUGCUUUACAUGCCGAAAGUUUACAUCAUCAUCUUCCAUCCUGAACUAAAUGUCCAGAAGCGGAAACGUAGCUUCAAAGCAGUAGUGACAGCAGCCACCAUGUCGUCACGACUAUCACACAAAACUAGCGACAGGCCCAAUGGGGAAGCAAAAACAGAACUUUGUGAAAAUGUAGAUCCAAACAACUGCAUACCACCUGUAAGAAAAAGUGUACAAAAAUCUGUUACUUGGUACACUAUUCCACCUACAGUAUAGCUCUUGCCUGCUUUCUUAGAAGGCCCUGCUGCAAAAAAGAAGUAUGUCAGUUAUAACAACCUGGUAAUCUAAUCCGCUGCAUCAGACGGAAUCAUGGGAGGAUGGAAAUUUUCAUCCAUUCAGUCACCAAACCUUAUGUAGGCCUGUUCCUGAAGCUGCUGCAUAUGCACUGCUGGAAGUGUUGAAAGGCCAGGCACUUAUUAUGGAGGAUCCAAGUAUUCUGAACAGCUGCUCAGUGAAAAUAUUCUUACAAUAUUCUUGGCUUAAUAAGUCACUGGCACUGCCAUUAGGCUGUGAUGUUGGACCUUUUUCUUUGUUUGGGAGACAUUAUCUCUGAGCUCCAACCUGCAACAUUGGCCCAGCAUCUCCUGGGUGGAUUGCAAUUGGCAAAGGUGACUUUCAAGGGGCUAUUUUUGUCUUUAUAUGUACUUCCAAACUGCAAGUUUUUCAACUUUCUGUAAGAGUUUGUGAUGAUAUUAUUUCUUUCUUUGUUCUUUUCACAUAUUGCCAUUUAUGUUGUUUCAGAGGAUUAACAGUGGUUUUGAAUGCACAGCCUCAUGCAAGACCUGUUCGCUUCACAGCACAUUAAGUAGGAAAGAAAAAAAGACCCCAAGAUUGGGAAGCAUUUAUGUUUGUAACAUGUAUGCUCAUUAUGGUAUACCUACAAUUCAUAUAAGUUU